GGCGGCGGCGGCGGCGGAGGGGCCGGGCGGCGGAGGGGCCGGGCGGCGGAGCGGCGGCCGCGCUGUCAGAGGAGCCGGGUGUCGGUGUGAUGAAGAUUGGCGGGCAGACCCCGAUUGUACCACUAACCCUCAGUGAGAUCCCGUGCUGGGGAUUCACCACCCUCCAGGAGCCGAAAAGGACAGGACGGGACCACGUCACCCUUCAUCGUUUGUGGCCAGGCCGACAACGAGCACACCUUUAUUUUCUGGACAAGUCUCGGUUGUGAUCCUUUCCCAGAAUAUUUUGGUUUUGGGGCAACGGGAGGACUCCUGCAGGGCAGUGGCUCCCCGAGCACCCCCCAAACGGUUCUCGAUGUGACUCCCACCCAGGAUGCACCAUGUCUCCCCGGCACCGGCUCUGACAAUGAUGGCCACCCAGACUGUGCCCCCUCCUCCCUACCAAGAUACCCCACAGAUGACGGCCACAGCCCAGCAGCCCACCAAGGCACAGCCCGUGCAUCUCGCCACGCCAGCGGCGGCUGCCAACGCGCCGGUGCCCGCCGCAGCCGGCGACCCACAGGCGCAGCUGGAGGCCGACAAGCGAGCCGUCUACAGGCACCCGUUGUUCCCGCUGCUGACUCUGCUCUUUGAGAAGUGUGAGCAGGCGACGCAGGGCUCCGAGUGCAUCACCUCAGCCAGCUUUGACGUCGACAUUGAGAACUUUGUCCACCAGCAGGAGCAGGAGCACAAACCCUUCUUCAGCGAUGACCCUGAGCUGGACAACCUGAUGGUGAAGGCAAUCCAGGUGCUGCGCAUCCACCUUCUGGAGCUGGAGAAGGUCAACGAGUUGUGCAAGGACUUCUGCAACCGCUACAUCACCUGCCUCAAAACCAAGAUGCACAGUGACAACCUACUCAGGAAUGACCUAGGGGGGCCCUACUCCCCCAACCCCUCCUCCAUCAGCCUCCACCCCCAGGAGAUACUGCAGAGCUCGCCCGCCGCCCUGCCGCCCGCCUCCAACCCGCCACCGGGCAUUGCGGUGCCGACGGCCGCGCUACCCCCGGGCAACUUGGCCAUGAGCGCUGGCAGCGGCUCACCCGCCGUGCCAGGUGGAGCCUUGUACCAGCCAGUGACGAUGGUGACAUCGCAGGGCCAGGUCCUCGCCCAAGCCAUCGCCCCUGGUGCCCUGCAGAUCCCCAGUGCCCAGGUGAACCUGGAUCUCACCUCCCUCCUCGAUGGUGAGGACAAGAAGUCCAAGAACAAGCGGGGAGUCCUGCCCAAACAUGCCACCAACAUCAUGCGCUCAUGGCUCUUCCAGCAUCUCAUGCACCCCUAUCCCACAGAGGACGAGAAGAGGCAAAUUGCUGCCCAAACCAACCUGACCCUCUUGCAAGUCAACAACUGGUUCAUAAAUGCCCGACGGCGCAUCCUGCAACCAAUGCUUGACGCCAGCAACCCGGACCCAGCCCCCAAAGCCAAGAAAAUCAAAUCUCAGCACCGGCCCACUCAGCGGUUCUGGCCCAACUCCAUCGCCGCUGGGGUCCUGCAGCAGCAGGGUGGCAAUUCAGGGACAAAUCCUGAUGGGUCACUCAGCAUGGACAACCUGCAACCCCUCUCGUCAGCCACGGCCACCAUGGCCAUGCAGCAGGCCAUGCUGGCGGCUCACGACGACUCCCUUGACGGCACUGAGGAAGAAGAGGAUGAUGAGGAGGAUGAGGACGAGAUGGAGGAGGAGGAAGAAGAGGAGGAAGAGCUGGAGGAAGAGCCUGGUGGUCCCGCAGCGCCUGGCACCGACCUUGGCUUGGACCACAGUGACUCACUGGAAUAA